UCACACACCGAGUCCUCGAGGGCAAACUGAAACCCUUAUUAAACCCUCAGACAAUUGAAGUUGCCGCUUUCGGCAGAGACUAGGAGGGCUCCUCCAAUUCCUCCCUGAUUUCAACCUCAAAACCCGCUCAUUUCUCAAUUUGCGAGGAACCCAAUUCGUCGGAACUCGGAUUCGGACGGCAGAGAUGGACAUGGAAACAGAGGAAACGGAGAUUGGGAAGAACGUGAUGUGUCUGUUAACAGACCCAGAAGGAAAUCCUUUAGGUUCUGCCAUGUAUAUCCCUCAGAGUGCUGGUCCUCUUCAGCUCACUCAACUCGUCAAUAAGCUUCUCAACAACGAGGAGAAGUUGCCGUACACUUUCUAUGUAUCGGAUCAGGAACUUAUUGUGCCAGUUGGAACUUAUUUAGAGAACAAUAAAGUAUCCGUGGAGAAGGUGUUGUCGAUAGUAUAUCAACCACAGGCUGUUUUCCGAAUUCGUCCGGUUAACCGUUGUUCAGCUACCAUUGCUGGUCACACGGAAGCUGUACUUUGUGUUUCUUUUAGUCCCGACGGUAGACAGCUAGCAAGUGGUUCAGGUGACACCACUGUCCGGCUGUGGGAUCUGAACACUCAAACUCCGAUGUUUACAUGCAAAGGACACAAGAAUUGGGUUCUGUCAAUAGCGUGGUCUCCGGAUGGUAAGCAUCUUGUGAGUGGUAGCAAAGCAGGUGAAGUAUGUUGCUGGAAUCCACAGACCGGGGAACUACUGGGCAGCCCACUAACCGGCCACAAGAAAUGGAUUACUGGUAUCUCGUGGGAGCCGAUACACCUUAAUUCUCCAUGUCGUCGUUUUGUAACUUCUAGCAAAGAUGGGGAUGCUAGGAUAUGGGACGUUUCGUUGCGGAGAUCUGUUAUUUGUCUCAGUGGUCAUACACUUGCCGUGACCUGUGUCAAAUGGGGUGGCGAUGGAAUAAUAUACACAGGUUCCCAAGAUUGUACGAUAAAGAUGUGGGAGACUACUCAAGGCAAGCUCAUUCGUGAAUUGAAGGGGCAUGGUCAUUGGGUUAACUCACUUGCAUUGAGCACUGAAUAUGUUCUUCGGACCGGAGCUUUUGACCACAGAGGAAAACAAUAUUCGUCACCUGAAGAAAUGAAAAAGGUUGCCCUUGAAAGAUACAAUCAAACAAAACGGAAUGGCCCUGAAAGAUUAGUUUCUGGUUCGGACGAUUUUACCAUGUUUCUUUGGGAACCAUCAGAAAGUAAACAACCCAAGAAACGGUUGACAGGUCACCAGCAGCUUGUGAAUCAUGUCUACUUCUCACCGGAUGGGCAAUGGAUUGCAAGUGCAUCGUUCGAUAGAUCCGUCAGGCUAUGGAAUGGUAUCACUGGGCAAUUCGUCACAGCAUUCCGUGGCCACGUCGGUCCUGUGUAUCAGAUAAGUUGGUCUGCAGACAGUAGAUUGCUUUUAAGUGGCAGUAAAGACUCUACUCUCAAGGUCUGGGAAAUUCGUACAAGAAAGUUGAAAGAAGAUCUUCCUGGUCAUGCAGACGAGGUUUUUGCUGUGGAUUGGAGUCCAGAUGGAGAGAAAGUGGCCUCCGGAGGUAAAGACCGAGUUUUGAAGCUUUGGAUGGGUUGAAAGAUUGCACUAAGAAGAGACAGAACAUCACCCAGCUUGUUUUCCAACAGCAUACAUACAAAACUGGAUCUUUUUAUUGAGUUGUCUUGUUUCCCUGCACACAAUUUUUUUUUUCUCAAAUGGAUAAUAUGUUACACAAUGUUACGUGAUAUUUGUUGGAUUUCCAGUCUUAAAUGCUUA